AUGUCCUUUCCUGGCCUUGUCGGUGCGAUGCACUACGCUUGGGCUGAGGUCACCGAACCCAGCAAUGUCCUCGUCGAGAUCCUCAAUGACGAGAGCAAAGCCCGCACCUUGUACAACAUGAUCGAGCGUCAGUACAAGUUUAUCUCCACUGAACGCUCUGACGAAGAGGAGCGUGGCGAGAUGACCAUCUUCGACAAGGUGCUCGUCGAUAUGUGGCACGAGGAGCACCAGCUCCAAAACAUCGGGCUCCUCGAGUUCUUCCUCGAGGAGUACCUGAUGGCCAAGUCGGUGGACACCUACGCCGAGAAAAAGGCCCUCGUCUUUGCCCACCUGGAAGCUGGGGCGCUUAUCGAUGCAGCUUUCGCCAACCCUGACCAACUCGAAUUGGUCGCCGGGCCGGCCGAGACCACCGCCAAUGAAGGUCUCAUCCAGCAGGAGUCCGCCCUGGACAACCUCAUUCGAGUGUACCAGGAAGCCAAGGCCAGCGCCUACUACAGUGACGCGGACAAGUCGGGCAUUUCCAACAAAGAAACUGACAAGUUCAACAAUGUCCGUUUCCUGCGGGACACUGCCGAGAAUCUUUGCCGGCACAUGAAGGCUCACGGCCACGAGUCGCACCCGCUGAUGCCCGAGGUCGAGAAGAUGGUCGAAAUCAGCGCCAAGCAUGCUGAGCAUCUCGCCGGUGGUCGGAAGCGCGUCUUCGAGGUCUCCGAAGAUGAGGACUCGCGUCCUGUCGGACCUCACUGGAGGUGGCAGCGACGUGGAUCUGGUCGCCACAGCAAGCGGCCCCGGGACUCAUACCGUCCCAACUACGAGAGCCGGCGCGACCGCUACGAGCCGGACGAUGAUUACGACGACCGUCGUGACCGUCGUGACCGGUACGACCGAGACAGCGACGACGAGGACCGCCGCCGCCACCACCACGGCCGGGACGACAGCCGUGACCGUCGCCGCCGCGAGCACUAA